ACCCAGCGCGGUGGCGGCUCCGACACGUGCAGGUGUUUUCCCCAAAUCACAGGGCCCCCUUUGUCCCGCGAUGCAACAGGCUGUAGAACGAGCUUUGGACCGUGCGGACUAUGUCAUCGCAAGUGCCCAGCAGAGGCCUCCUACAAGGAAACGCUCGUCGAGUGGGGAAGCAUCUCUCUAUGAAAAACUUUAUGACAUGUAUGUGGAAGAAUGUGGGAAAGAGCCUGAGGCUCCGGAGGAGCUAAGAAGCAACGUGAACUUGCUAGAGAAGCUCGUCAGGAGAGAGUCGUUGCCCUGUUUGGUGGUCAACCUAUACCCGGGAGAGGGGGGAUAUUCGCUGAUGCUCGAGGGGAAACAUGGGGCGUGUUCGGAGACCAUUCGGCUGCCUUACGAAGAAGGGGAAUUGCUGGAAUACCUGGAUGCUGAGGAGUUACCCCCUGGUCUGCUGGACCUCCUGGAAAAAUCUCAGGUUAACGUUUUCCACUGUGGGUGUGUCAUAGCACAGGUGCGGGACUACAGGCAGUGCGGUGGCGGGGAACCUCCCGGCUACCAGAGCAGGCAUAUUCUCCUGCGCCCGACCAUGCAGACGUUAGCCUGCGACGUGCAGUCCAUAAGCAGCGACGGCCAGGAAUGGACCCAGGAGGACAAACUGCUGCUUGAGAGCCAACUGAUCUUGGCUACUGCGGAACCCCUGUGUCUCGAUCCUUCCGUAUCAGUAGCCUGCACGGCAAACAGGCUGCUCUAUAACAAGCAAAAGAUGAACACUCGCCCGAUGAAAAGGAGCUUCAAGAGGUAUUCUGCACCCUCUCUGAGUCGGCAGCGGCAGCUGUCCGGUUGCCCACCUCCUCCUGAGCUCGGAGUAUGGGCCUCUUGCCGAAAAGGCAGACAGAGCCAAGCCGGGCGGCGGUAUGACCUCAAAAUUUCUAAAGCGGGCAGUUGUGUAGAUACGUGGAAACAGAGACCCUGUGACUUGGCCGUCCCUUCUGAAGUGGAUGUGCAGAAAUAUGCCAGAGGGAAGAGGUCCGCCAGACAGGAUGUCUCACCUCCAGGAGUCUGGCCAGCCCACGAGGUGAGAGACGGUGGUGCGUUUGGAUGUGAGGCUGGCGACGAGCCUCAGACAACGGAGCUGACCUUCAUGCAGCCGCCGCCGCUGCCGCCGAAUAAUCCACCUUUCUCUGGACCGAGAAGGCCCUGGAAGGCAGGCGGGUGGGAGGGACAGAUGUCUCCUCUGCACCCCUCCACAGACGACCGUUCAGACAGUGUCCCGCCCGAGUCAAAGACUGCUGCUGUGGGGGUAGUCGUUCGGCCAGAGGCGGUGGUUCCGCAGAAGGCCGAGUGUCCAGUCCCCGCGUCCCACAGCUCCAGCGGCUCAGCCGGCCUCAGCGGGCUUCCUCCCGGGAAGGACCCAGAACAGCCUGAGAUGGUGUCGGUUCGGUCUCCAGGCCAGGGCCAGGGCGUCAGACCGCCAGCUCUACGCAUCAGACUUCCCUGGAGCUCAGGGGAGAGUUGGUCGGGGAACAGUUUUACUCCACGGGAGGCCAGCAGCUUUCUUAAAUCUCCAUCUCCGGCUCCUGCUUCUAAGCCAGCAAGUCUUUCCCGGCAGUCCUCCGUGGACGUGAAUCGAGUUAGCCCGCUUCCUGCAGCGCCCCCGUCCUCCGCCAGCGCACCACAGAGGACCCCGGCGAGCCGGGCCUCGGCCAGCUCCCAGCACUCUGCGGGCCCCGGUUGCGGAGCGCAGGCUUUGGAGCGGGGCUCCGGCCCCGGGCAGGGCUGCACGGCUGGCGCCACGGCUCCUGCGGGGGACAAGCCCAGCAGCCUGCCCUCAGGAGCUCGGCCCCCCGGUGCGGUGCCCGCGGCAGCGCGGGGUCCUCCGGUCCGCGUUCAGUUUUUUUUUAAACACGCUUCCGGCCUCAGGCCAGUAACUCCACUGGAGCUUCCCCAAGAUUCGCUCCUCUUGAACACCCUGCAGCAGCCAGGGCAGCGGCUCUAUCAGUUGAUUCCCCCAGAACAACUUCAGCAAGCCUCCACCUCUGGUCCUCCGCAGCCGGGGCCACAGGGUGCAAGUGCACGAGGUGCCGCCGGUCUGAAAACGGCCUCCUCUGCUCAGCCGGCCGUGGUCCUUAGCGGGGCUGGAGAGGGGAGUUUGCCGCAGCCCCAGGCGGCGCUGUUGGCUGCGCUUGGCUCUGCGGAGAGCCACGGAAGACCCCGGCAGAUCUGCCCUCGCCCUGCGCACCCAGUGUUGCCGGCCCCUGCCUCGCAGCCGCCGGCCCCACCACAGGCACAGCCCUUGAGAACCUUGCAGGGCCCCGUGGCUGUCUCGACAGUGGCCGCGCAGACAGCUGGGCCGCCUCGGGGCCAGCAGGCCGCGAGCCAGUCCGGAGCCAAAAAUUUAGCUCCUAAUAGCCUACUGCUGACCGGAAGUCUUACCGAUCACUUAAACCGUCAGCUAACAGGUAUUAUGGUCUUCUUUGGACUGAAGAAACUGACGGUCAGAUAG